AAGGGGUUUUAAGAACCCAACUCAGCCAAACAAAACUCCCAUUUCUUCUCCUCCUUCAUCUUUCUGUGCGAAAAAAAGCAAUGGAAGGAGCGUCGUACGCACGCAUGCCGAGGGUGAAAAUCCGCGAGCUAAAAGAUGAUUACAUGAAGUUCGAGCUUCGCGACACCGACGCUAGUGUGGCAAACGCGCUUCGGCGCGUGAUGAUAUCGGAGGUUCCGACCAUCGCAAUCGACCUAGUGGAAAUCGAGGUCAACUCCUCCGUUCUCAACGACGAGUUCAUUGCUCACAGACUCGGUCUUAUUCCACUCACAAGCGAACGUGCUAUGGCCAUGCGGUUCUCGCGUGACUGUGAUGCGUGUGAUGGUGAUGGACAGUGUGAGUAUUGUUCCGUUGAGUUUCAUCUUAGGGUUAAGUGUAUUACUGAUCAGACACUUGAUGUUACGAGUAAGGAUCUUUAUAGCUCUGAUCAUACUGUUGUUCCUGUUGAUUUCUCUGGUGGUGACCCUUCUUCCGUUGAAUCUGCUGAUGGAAGGGGGAUUAUAAUUGUGAAGUUGAGGCGAGGUCAGGAGCUGAGGCUGAGAGCAAUUGCUAGGAAGGGGAUUGGUAAGGAUCAUGCGAAAUGGUCUCCAGCAGCAACUGUUACUUUCAUGUAUGAACCAGAGAUUCACAUUAAUGAAGAUUUGAUGGAGUCUUUGUCACUUGAGGAGAAAAAAGAGUGGAUUGAUAGUAGUCCUACCCGUGUGUUUGACAUUGAUCCUGUCACACAACAGGUGUCGGUGGUUGACGCUGAGGCAUACAGUUACGAUGAUGAGGUGAUUAAGAAAGCGGAAGCAAUGGGAAAGCCUGGUCUUGUCGAAAUCACUGCAAAGCAAGAUAGCUUCAUUUUCACAGUCGAAUCUACUGGAGCAGUUAAAGCUUCUCAACUAUUGCUAAAUGCCAUUGAAAUUGUGAAGCAGAAGCUGGAUGCUGUGAGGCUCUCUGAAGAUACAGUGGAGGCUGAUGAUCAAUUUGGGGAACUAGGUGCACAUAUGCGAGGAGGAUGAUUUAGUAGGAUUUCAGACAUGUUUCCCUCAGAACUUGUUUGUUGCAUUGCAUGUCGUUUUUAACUCAACACGUGCAAUAUGUACUUAACUUUUUGAACCAAAUAUGCUAAUUUGCUAAACUUAGAAGCAGUGGUUAGCUUAACUCUUUGAACUAAAUAUGCACACAUACUCACAUGAUUGAGAUUAUUAACUCAAUUUGGCUAUAACUAAGUUGAAGCUUUGGGUUACUGAAGUCA